AAAUCGCAGUGGCCUGUGCCGUGCGAGCCACGCCCUGCCGUCGCCUCAUCGCGCGGUAACUCGGACAGCUUUCCCUGCAAGCACAAUUCAUACAAGCUGCGAAGUCAAACAUAAGCAACUUCAACUUCUCAGGCUGCAAUCUGGGCUUCAAUACAGUACAGCGCGAUAGCGGACAGACUCGGUCAGGUGCCUUUUGCGCUGCCUCCUUCAGCCUAACACGUCGAUGAGUCUGCCCCAUGACACACGCUAUAUGUCAGAACGUAUCAGAGCCCUCGCGACUGCUGCCAGCCUGGGCCUGGCGUUCGGUGGGGGCCUCUUGCUUCUCGGACUGCGCCACCGUCGCAACCAGGUCCUCAACCUCGUGUGUCGCGAAAACGAGCAGAUGCCUGGCACGACCGCAAGCACUUAUAGUCCGCCUGUGCUGGACGCAAUCCCCUCGGAGGUUGCAUCGACGAAGCCCACAUGCCUGUGCGCGGACAAGGGCCAUCGCGAAGAGCGCCUUCUAGGCGAGAACGGCGUAGAGAACAGCCAGGAAGUGGAGGAGGUGCAGGUGGAGGAGGUGCAGGAGGUGUUCGAGAGUCUCGCCACCUUCCUGGCCCGCCACGGCCUUGAGCGCUGCGAACCUGUGCAAGAGCUUGGACGAGGUGGCUUCGGGCGCGUUCAAUCAGUGAGCAUCCCGAUUCCCGGCGGCGGCGUGAUGCAGGCUGUGCGCAAGGAGAUCUUCCGCCGCACCGACGGCGUGUCACGUACCGAGCUGCUGCGACAGGAGGUGGCGGGCACGCUCUCUGCACGGGGCUGCGCUAGCGCCGUGCAGCUGCUCGGCUGGACGGAGCCGCAGACGGAUGACGACCCGCAUGAGCUGCUGCUCUCCUACGUGCCGGGAGUGCCUUUGUCUACUUACCUGAACGAGGUGCACCGCGCGGACGUGGUCAAGCGCUGCGUCGCCAAGAAGGGCAAGAAGGGCAAGACUCUCACCCCCCGUACCAGUACCAUUCUGACAACGCCACUCCUCAAGCAGCUGGCCAUCUCCGUGCUCACGGCGGUCGACGUCAUGCACGCCAACAACAUGGCACACGGUGAUAUCAAAAGUGACAACGUAUACGUCAACACGGGCGACGCAGAUGGCGUCAUCCACUUUGUCCUUGGGGAUUUCGGGAGUGCGGAGCCUACCGACAGCGAGGGCAUGCUGAUAAGUGGUGCGGUUGGGGGCUCCCGGGCGACAGCGGCACCCGAGCAGCGCGUGCACCUGGCCGGGGGCACGCCGGCGUGUGGGCUGAGCCGCAUGAUUGACAUGGCGUCGGUGGGGGUGCUGCUGGCGGAGGCAGCUCAGUUCCGCCCAAUGCCAACACGGCUGUGGGCGUACUCGCUGUUUGAGGACGACCUGGACGAGUGGGUGCCCGAGGGCUGCCGCGACCUGUGCGCGCAGCUGCUGGCCCCCUCGCCCUCCGACCGCCCCAGCGCCAAGGAGGCGCUGGCGCACUGGUGGCUGAACGAGUAAGACAGCCUGCGGCAGUCUGCAGCUUGGGCCGCAUGCAAGAGAGGGCCAUCGGGGUGGCGGACUCGAUGCAUGUGUAGGCCUGCAUGCUGUUUCUCAAAUGCGUCUGAAUCCAAUGCACGGUUUAAGAGCUUGGCUGGACUUGCAUCUACGGUGUGCUGGUGUGGGAACAGGUACUGGUGGUGAACAUGGGCACUGAGCGAACUGAGAUGAUGGGCGAUGGCCGAUGCGCAUGGGCUAUAAGAGUGUGUUGCGUCAUCACUGCUUUCGAACAUGCGCAGCCCACGUAGGCUGAGAUGCGAUGUAUGAUACAGAGUGUGGGACGGGCGGAAGACGGCUGCUUCAUGAACGCAACUACGGUACUGAGCUUGGUUGGGCUGCGUAGAGGCGUGCGUGUGUCAGGGACAGAGUGACACGGAAAUGGCGACUGGCGCUCGGUACUCCCCUGGACCCUGGACAUUACCGUAUCCGGGGUCAUACAUGAAUCAAAGGCGUGCCUGGCGGAUUGGCAAGUGUAGUGUCCCCGGCCGCGUGUAAGGUUCGGCACUACCCUUCACCCCUUCUCCUCGAUUUGUGGGGACGUGGCAUUCUCACUCCGUGUUACGGCAGCAAGGCAAUGGCAAAGAGGGCAUGCGGGGUCGUGUUUCACGGCUAAGCGGGGCGAGGGGGCGCAUGAACGGGGUAGGCGGAUGGCGGGUGUUGGCGGGUGGCGUGUCACGAGGUUUGCCCGGCCGGGCUCACAGAUGGACGCAUUUUGAUAAUUGCAGACGAUGCCAAUUCCGCAGCGUUUGUGAUAUGUCGGUA